AUGCCAAUUUCACAGUCUUCACAAGAUAUUGUCAAAGCAGAAACCUUGGCCAGAAAGAUAAGACGCACAGAAAGGGAUGUUUUACCAUACGAACUUAAUGCUGAAAGGCAAGAGAAAAUAGACUGGUUAUCUUAUAGAAUCGGUGAAAAAUUGUGUUCUCAUUCUGAAUCUUCUAAGUACUUUAGUCUUCGCGGUACGGAAGAAAUAAGUUUGAUAUUGAUUGCAACUCGGGACGACGACGAAUUCAACACAAUUUGGGAACUCUUCAAAUCCACUAUCGGAAGUCACGGUUAUACACCUAUUACACUCAGGAUGAAGCUCAAGCAUACACCAGAACUCCGUAAUCAGUCAUACGGAUUUGAGGCUGCCAUGAAACAUUUUUCUACACAAAUCCAAAGUAUGCUAAGCGAAAAUGAACAGUCUAUUGAGCACUUUGCUAAAUCCCGUAUACUUCAUUCAGUUUAUAUAGGGGCUAUCGGGGGUUACAUCGAACGUCGAGUAGCGGUAGAGUAUAAUGUCGCCGUAUACUCCAACGCCUUGAACCCGCGUUCCUCUCGCACAAUCUCGAACAUCUCAAGCGGUGUUACGGUUCCCAGUCGUUUUUCAAUACAGAAGAGAGUUUCGAAAACUUCAGGCAUCGAUUUUGAAGGACUGUACUACCUCGAUAUUGAAUCUCAUUCACAUGAGCUGUUCAGAUUUGGCAACAGAAGCAGGUGGGAUAGACUUGAUUCAACAAACGAAUCUGCAAUUUAUGAAGCCUGUAGUGGAGGCGAUCCCAGUUUAAUUGAUCACACAGCAGAUGAGUUCAGCUCAGCUACAUUGAGCUCGACUACAACCAAACCAGAAUCAUCCUAA